AUGGUAGUUGCAGGUGGCAAUGGAGAAGGAAAUCGUCCCAAUCAACUCUCUAAUCCCCAAUACGUAUUUGUCGAUCGAGAUCAUUCAGUAUACGUGUCUGAGUAUGGAAAUCAUCGUGUAAUGAAAUGGGAAGAAGGUGCAAAGCAAGGCAUUGUCGUAGCCGGUGGUCAAGGAGCUGGAAAUAGUCUUACACAAUUGAAUGGUCCUCGAGGAGUCAUUGUCGAUCAAUUGGGCACUGUCUAUGUAGCUGAUCAUGAGAAUCAUCGAGUCAUGCGUUGGCCAAAAGGAGCCACACAGGGAAGUGUCAUUGCUGGUGGAAAUGGUUAUGAAACACAGUCGAAUCAACUCGGUCAUCCCAUAGGUUUGUCAUUCGACCGGCAUGGCAAUCUCUAUGUCGCCGAGUACCGCAAUCAUCGAGUACAAAAAUUUAAUAUCGAAUAA